GGCUUACAUGCUGAAGAGGAGAAUCCUGCAGAUAUGACUGCUGCUGCUGCUGUGUGCUUGUGUUACCCUGGGCUCAUACACUGCCUGUGCACUGACCAAAGCUGGAUGUUCCUCCUUCACUGAAGGAAGCUGCAUGCCCCUAUUCACAGCAAGGAUACCAGGCAAUUUAUCCUCUGAUACUGACCAAUAUUUCUGCCACUGAGUGACGGACACCAGACAUCUGAAGAGAUGAAGAUGCACUCGCCCUGGGCUCGAUUUUACUCCAACAGCUGUUGCCUGUGCUGUCAUGUGCGCACUGGGACCAUCAUCCUUGGAGUGUGGUACUUGAUAAUAAAUUCUGUGGUUCUCCUUAUAUUACUGAGCGCCCUGGCCGACCCUGACCUGUACCAUCUUCCCAACAAUGAACUAAGAAAUGACUUUGAUUUUAUGGAUGAUGCCAAUAUGUGCAUCGCAACUUCUAUCUCCCUCCUAAUGAUUCUCAUCUGUGCCAUGGCAACCUAUGGGGCUUACAAGCAACAUGCUGCCUGGAUCAUCCCGUUUUUCUGCUACCAAAUAUUUGAUUUUGCCCUCAACUCAUUGGUUGCUGUCAGCGUGCUCGUCUAUCCCAACACCAUUCAGGAAUAUCUCCGGCAGCUGCCGGCCAAUUUCCCCUACAAAGAAGAGAUAAUGUCUGUGAAUCCGACAUGCCUUGUUGUGAUUAUACUGUUCUUUAUCAGCGUCAUCUUGGCUUUUAAGGCCUACCUGAUCAGCUGUGUGUGGAACUGCUACCGUUAUAUCAAUAAUAGGAAUUCCUCAGACGUCCUGGUCUAUGUAACCACUAAUGAUACAACGGUCCUGCUGCCCCACUAUGACGAGAGCGGGAGUGGAAUGGCCAAGGAGCCUCCUCCACCUUAUGUGUCAGCUUAGAAGAAGACUCAAGACUAAAAAUAAUGAACCUUCAAGCAGCAGCUUUACACAUUGGCCGAAAUACUGGGGCAAUAAUACAUUUCUUUCCCUGGUUAUACCCUAUUGAAGCAACAGCACUACCAAAUAUCCUGUGAAUAAACAUUUAAUGGUCCAGAAAUGCUUCAUCCAUGGGUGUCACAACCUGAUCUUAGCUGUGCCCAUGCACUGCCAGAUUGGGGUGCAAGGCCCAAUGAGAUUGUAGUGUUUUCUUCUUGGCUUCAUUACAUGUAAAUCUCCAUGAGGCCUGUGUAUUUUGCAAAGUGUAUUUGUGAGGUAUAACAAUGUACAUCUACACAUCUGUGCUGCCCGCCAUCACCAACAAACAGCACCUAACUGCCUACAUGAAGCUGCUUUUUACUAGAUGGUUUUGCUGCUUUUUAUUUGUUGACCUUUACCUUGGAUACUGGGCAUACUGUAUAUAGAGGAAUACAAGGGGUUAUGUAUUAACAGUGGGAAUAUGUACCCCUGGUCCAGUAACCCAUAGCAACCAACCAACCAACUGAUCUAGAGCAGUUAGUGUAGUUGAGUUGUUUACUAUAGGUUACUAGCAAACACAGCUGCUAUUGCAGUAUAACACUAGUUUUAGUAGUGCUGCUACCCUGCCUCUGUUAAGCCCUUGACCAUAGUUGUACUUAAUAAUAUGCACAUAAGGCGUUGCUAUGGAGUCUAUAGUAUGAGUGGGGUAGGUUGGGUUGCAUGAACCUAAAGGAAGAAAGUAAGGAAUUAAACAUACAUUUUCUAUACUUUCUACUGACUUAAACAUGUCAUUACUCCCAGCCCCAAGGAAACUGAUUUUAAUCUUGUCCUACGGACUAAGGCACCGGAUCUGUUUUAAAGUGAUUAUUAUUAUUAUGAAGGGCAGAGAAUGGCUAUAAUAAUUUUGGACAUCUACAUUCGAGCUAAGGAAGAGCCAACUGUUUCAUCACCCCACAAGCCCUCGAAAAAAGUGGGCGCCACACAUCUAGAUAGACUAUUGUACAAUCCCAUUAAUAAAGGGACACUCAGCGUGACCCCCUGUGAAUUCUACAUAAACAUAUAAUGUUGGCAGCUGCAGAUUAAGAGCAAUAAAAUGUAUUAUAGUCAAGUAAUAUAUCUAGAACACUUAUGUGUUAAUGUGAUAAUGGCACCUCUGUCCUUCCAUAGGGCUUAGGGAAAACCUGGUGGGAAUUAUUUUCUACCAUAGGUGCAAAAAGUGCACUGAACCAUUGCAACCAAUGAGUAGAUUUGGGUGAUCUAAAGAAAGUUAGACUUAUGACAGCAAAUGUUAGCUUGGUUACUAAGGGUAACCCAGAAGUAUGGUGUGUGUCAGCUAAGGGAGAUAUGGCCUAUAUGAGGCCCUGCUAGGAGCCACACCUUGUAAUUAGAAAUUAUUGCUACAACUCUACAGAGCAGUACCUGUAUUGUAAAUAAACCCCUAGUAAAUCCCUAACUGUAGCACUUACAAUCUAAUUUUGUGCCUGGGUGACACUGGGGCGAGGAGGGGGCAAUUAAGUGACAGUGAGCGUCUGUGUAUGAUCAGAGCUUCCCUGCAAUAAGAUAAGUGCAUUAGCUGGGAUACCUGUCAACACGUCAUUCUGUUUAGCAGCAUUCAGCCAGGGCACCGAAUUGACAUUGAUGGCCUUGGCUUUGCAUUUCCGGUUGAGGGAUUACUGAUGAGCAUCAGUAGCCUAUAAUUAGCCUAUAAUUAGCUGUACAUGUAAGUACCAUGUGUUCAUUACUGCUCACAUGCACCGCUGCCAUUCCCUUCCCAUCUGAUCAGGAUCCCUAUAAAUAAACAAACCUGUUGUUUCAUUCCAAGUGUCAUCCCUAAAACUUACACACCUGUAACCUGAAUAGAGCCAACACGUCUGUUUUUGUUCCAUUUCUAUUAGGCAGCUUGGUUAUUGACACGUGAGCAAUCAUUGGAGACUAGCCACAAGCAAGUAUUAGAGAUCCGCAUUGACAUUUCCACUUAAAUAUUUCAUAUUUAGACCAAACCGUCAUUGUAUCUAACAGUUCAAAGGGAAUCCGUUAUAAUAAACAUUCUAAUUUGUGCCUGUAAAUCUUGUGUAGCACUGAGUAUAGUAAAGUAAUAUUGUAAAAACA